AUGCGCAGUUGCGCUGCUCUCUAAUGGAGGACAUGUCUGAUCUGCAAUCGUCUUUUUCUGCGUCGUUUCUCUGAGUUGCGCCCUCAACACCCGUCAGCUGCGCCCGCGGCACCCUCCAAGUGGUAGAAUGGCUUCGGACUCGGUCUCUCAAAGCUCCCAGAGUCCUGCCACCAGGAUCAUGACCUUUCAUCCCACAAAAGAGGAGUUCAAAGACUUCAACAGAUACAUUGCAUAUAUGGAGUCGCAGGGGGCUCACAGAGCCGGGAUGGCUAAGGUGGUGCCACCAAAGGACUGGAAGCCCCGGCGCACAUACGAUGACAUUGAUGAUCUGGUGAUUCCCGCACCGAUUCAACAGGUGGUCACUGGCCAAUCAGGUCUCUUCACUCAGUACAACAUCCAGAAGAAGCCGAUGACCGUCCGCGAGUUUCGCAAAACUGCCAACACAGACAAGUUCUGUAAUCCCAGAUAUGCUGAUUUUGAUGAACUAGAGAGGAAAUAUUGGAAGAAUUUAACAUUCAAUCCACCUCUAUAUGGGGCAGAUAUCAGUGGAACCCUCUACGAUACAGACGUGACGGAGUGGAAUAUUGGCCAUCUGAACACUAUUUUGGACACGGUGGAGAGAGAGAGUGGAAUCACAAUCAAAGGAGUCAACACUCCAUAUCUUUAUUUCGGGAUGUGGAAGAGCACGUUCGCCUGGCACACAGAGGACAUGGAUCUGUAUAGCAUCAACUACCUUCACUUUGGAGAACCCAAGUCCUGGUACAUUGUGCCUCCAGAACAUGGGAAGCGAUUAGAGCGUCUUGCUAAAGGAUUUUUCCCCGGAAGUGCCCAAAGUUGUGAAGCCUUCCUGCGACACAAAAUGACUUUAAUUUCACCAUCUAUUCUGAGGAAGUAUGGGAUACCCUUUGAGAAGGUCACACAGGAAGCAGGCCAGUUCAUUGUGACCUUCCCGUAUGGAUAUCACGCUGGGUUUAACCAUGGCUUCAACUGUGCAGAAUCCACCAACUUCGCCACCCAGCGCUGGAUCAAUUAUGGAAAGCUGGCGACAUUAUGUUCCUGCCGGAAGGACAUGGUGAAGAUAUCCAUGGAUGUGUUUGUGCGCAAGUUCCAGCCGGAACGCUAUAAACUUUGGAAAGCUGGAAAGGACAAUGCGCCCAUCGACCACUCAAAGUCCACGCCAGAGGCAGCAGAGUUCCUGACAGAUGGAAAGACCGAGAAUGAGACAGGAGAGCUCAGCGAUAGCAGCAAAGCAGAAACACAGGAGAAGAGAGGAGAAGCAGAGGCUGGAGAGGAGCAGAAAGCAAACACGGACGGUGGAGAGGACGACAAGACUGAAAUGUUGAAAAGUGAAACAGAUGGUGCAAAGGAGAAAGUAGAAGCAGAGAAAGGAGGUCCGGAGGUAGAGGAGAAGAAGCCUGUUAGUGAUGAAGAACCAAGCAGCACCUCCGAGCAGAUCAACAGUAGCACUCCAAAGCAGAAUGUGGGGCAGAAACGGCUCAGACCCAGCCCUGACGACAUUCAAGUAAAGGUAGAAAAAGAGGAGGAAGUUGAGAAGAAGAAAGCCAAACUCAGCCAGACUGAGACAGAUGACAAGAAUGAACAAUCCAUCUCCGAUGACCCAGGUUAUGCGCAAGCUGAGGAGACGAUGGAGACAGACACGCCCCCUCCACAACAGCAAGAGAAUCAAGCCCCUCCCUACAUGGAGGUGGAGCUCUCGCCAUCAAACCCCACCUCCAGCAGUGAUAUCACAGCGCAGCAAAGAGAUGAUGUCACUCCCUCUGAACCCAACGACGUCACCUCAUCCUCACAAUCCACAAACAGCAUCGCUGAUGAUGAGGCUCAGAGCAUUGAUGUCACCUCUCAGUCCGAACACGUCACACAAAGCUGUGAUGUCCAAAGCAAGCCCGAUGACAUCACUCCAAACGGUGACCUCACUGAUGCGCAGCAGAGUGACAUCAUGGCCCAUUCGUGUUCCAGUGACAUCCCUGCCACUGACGUCACGCCUCUCAUAUUUGUAACCAGCAGUAUCACCUCUCUACAUGGCAUUUACUCCGCCCACACCUGUGAUGUCUCUGCUGAACCCAGCGACAGCACUAUAGAUACCAUCAUCCCUAGUCCAAGUGAGCCUGGCAUUAACUCCUCCCAUACCUAUGAUGUCCAACCAGAACCCAACGACAUCGCGGUCAGCCCUAAACACGAACCUGGCAUUAACUCCGCCCACACCUGUGAUGCCACCACAGAACCCAAUGACAUCACCAUCAGCGCUGAACAUGAACCCAGCAUUGGCUCCGCCCACAGCUGUGAGGUCCAACCAGAACCCAGUGACAGCACCAUCAGUGCUGAAAAAGAACCCAGCGUUAACUCCGCCCACAGCUGUGAUGCCCAACCAGAACCCACCGACAUCACCAUCAAAGCUGAAAAUGAACCCAGUAUUAGCUCCGCCCACAGCUGUGAGGUCCAACCAGAACCCAGUGACAGCACCAUCAGUGCUGAAAAAGAACCCAGCGUUAACUCCGCCCACAGCUGUGAUGCCCAACCAGAACCCACCGACAUCACCAUCAAAGCUGAAAAUGAACCCAGUAUUAGCUCCGCCCACAGCUGUGAGGUCCAACCAGAACCCAGUGACAGCACCAUCAGUGCUGAAAAAGAACCCAGCGUUAACUCCGCCCACAGCUGUGAUGCCCAACCAGAACCCACCGACAUCACCAUCAAAGCUGAAAAUGAACCCAAUAUUAGCUCCGCCCACAGCUGUGAUGUCCAGCCAGAACUGAGCAACAUCAUCGACCCUAAACACGAACCCAGAGUUAACUCCGCCCACACCUGUGAUGCCCAACCAGAACCUACCAACAUCACUGUCAGUGAACACGAAUCCAGCAUUAGCUCCGCCCACAGCUAUGAUGUCCAACCAAAUCUCAGCAGCAUCAUCGUCGACCCUAAACACGAACCCAGUGUUAACUCCGCCCACACCUGCGACAUCACCAUCAGCCCUAAACAUGAACCCAGCGUUAGCUCCGCCCAGAGCUGUGAUGUCCAACCAGAACUCGGCAACAUCACCAGCAGCCCUAAACCUGAACUCGGCAUUAGCUCCGCCCACACCUGGGAUGUCACCACAGAUCCCAGCGGCAUCACUGUCCACCCUGAACACGAACCCUGCAUUAACUCCGCCCUCACAUAUGAUGUCAUCACUGAACCCAGCAACAUCAGCGUCGGCCCUAAACACAAACCUAGUGUUAACUCCGCCCACACGUAUGAUGUCAUCACCGAACCCAGCAGCAGCGCCAUUAACCUUAAGCUGGGCGAGUCGCGGUGCAGCUCUGCGUCAGCGGGCGGCAGUCAGGUGUGUCCCCCUGCAGUCCAGCACAUCUUCCAGAGAACGCUGAGCCCCGCGGAGGUGCUACAUGUCCACAGCUACGCUAAAGGAGAUUACAGCGAUCUCGAGCGGCGCAUUCGGCACGAGAGAGACCGAGACAGCGACUCUGAUAGCGACUCUCAAGAGGACAGCAAGAAAGAAGCUGAACACCCAGUGGAAGCUCAGCACAGACUUCCCAGACUCCCCAGGCACCAUCCUCUGAUAAAGGACAGCAUCAGUGACGAAGAGCUGCAGGAUCAGGCUGCGUCAGAGGAGGACGGGCUGGACGGGGAGGCCUGGGCGCGACCUUUGGCCCAGCUGUGGCAGAACAGACUGUAUAAUCCAGAAAGAGAGAGAGAGUACAACAGAGAGAUGGGUCUGCGGCCUCCAUACUGCGCUGUGUGCGCACUCUUCCAGGCACAUCAGCGGUCUGAAGGGGCCGAGAGCGAGCUGGCCGUGGUGCUGCCCGGGGGUCAGAUGAGGACCAAGCCUCUGAUUCCAGAGAGAUGUUUCACCACCACCACUGAGGACAGCGCAGACGUCCAGCCGUCCACGCCUCACCUGGAGGAGGACGGCACCAGUCUGCUCAUCAGCUGCUCCCUGUGCAGUGUCCGUGUGCACACUAGUUGUUACGGUGUGGCUCCAGCGAGAGUCUCCAAAGACUGGAAAUGUGCCCGCUGUAAAGCCAACGCCCUCACCGAGAGUUGCUGUCUGUGUUCGUUGAGAGGUGGAGCAUUGCACAGAGCCAAUAAUGGCAAAUGGGUUCACGUCCUGUGUGCAGUGGCAGUGCUGGAAGCUCGCUUUGUGAACAUCGCUGAACGAUCGCCCGUGGAUCUCAGCGGCAUUCCCUUACAGAGAUUCAAGCUGAAAUGCUACUACUGCAAACGGCGGAUGAAGAAAACAUUGGGCUGUUGUGUGCAGUGUUCUCACGGUCGCUGCCCCACCUCAUAUCACCCGACCUGCGCACAGGCCGCCGGCGUCAUCAUGCACCCGGACGACUGGCCCUUCGUCGUCUAUGUCACUUGUUGCCGCCACAAAGGGCCGGUGCAAUCGGAGCGUAAUAAAGCAGGCAUGAGAGAGCUCAGCGUGGGUCAGAAGGUCAUCUGCAAGAACAAAAAUGGACGCUACUACCAGUGUGAAGUCAUACAGCUGACAAAAGAGACAUUUUAUGAGGUCAACUUUGACGAUGGCUCCUUCAGUGAUAACCUUUUCCCAGAGGACAUUGUGAACCGAGACUGCGCUCAGCUUGGUCCUCCACCGCAGGGGGAAGUGGUUCAGGUCAGAUGGACAGAUGGUCUUGUCUAUGGAGCCAAAUUCGUGGCAGCUCAUGUCAUUCAGAUGUACCAGGUGGAGUUCGAGGACGGAUCGCAGCUGACUGCUAAGCGAGAUGACGUCUACACCCUAGACGAAGAGCUGCCCAAGAGAGUCAAAUCUCGUCUGUCUAAGGCAUCAGACAUGCGUUUUGAUGGCAUGUUUGGAGAGAAGAAGGUCCAGGAGAGCAAGAGACAGAGAGUGAUCAACUCCAGGUACAGAGGCGACUACAUCGAACCCGUCAUCUACCGAGCCAUCAUGGAGUAGCCAGCGAUGACCCAGCCUUCACCCGAAACCACCAGCACUCAUCCAGAGUCUCCAGCACACCCUGCCAAUGUCAGUAGCGUUCAGUUCGCAGGGGUCGGACACCUGGAUGGGUUUGAUCGCUCCUCAGUGGACUAUUACUAGCCCUCAGUCGACCAUUUAUUCUGAUAUAUGGGUCUAGAGUCGAGGCAGGGUGUUUCACAGUGUCUUUCUCAGAGAAUGCAGCUUUGUCAUUGGGUGUGACGCCCUUUUAACCUCAGCGCUGUGUAACUGUGCCACAAACACUCUAGAAACACAUCAGCAUGAACAUCAGGUUCAUGGAGUCGCUCUAAAUUACAUUCAUUUGAUACAGAAUAUUUGUAAUCUCCAUUUCAUAAAAUAUAUCUACUUUUAUCAAAUUGCAUUAAUUUAUUUGACUUUAAUUGAGGGUGCUGUUUCUACCCAUAUUUUACCGAACGGAGGUGCCAUUGCCAUUUUAUGGAUGCGGAUCUCCUUCUUUUUUUUUUUUAAGAUCUACGCUGUCGUAAAUUGCGCAGUCGAGAUCCUGAUUAUUGUACAUUAUUUGGAACAUAAUGAAUUCAGCGUGUCUUUGAGUCGUUUUUUUACAAGCCUAUUUAUUACUGGUGCAAUAUGAGUUCCAGUGCUGUCGAAGUUCGACACCGAUAGGUGUGUUCUGUGUUUGGAAAGAGGAUCGCGUAGAUACUGAAAUGCCAAGAAUCUCACUUUCACAGCCGUUCAAGCCCUGCCUUGCGCUCUGGUUCAAUACACUUUCAUUCAGACGUUUCUAUUAAUGUAGUUUCGUACUGCUGUCGACAUUUUGUCAGAAGCCCCACGGAUUUAAUAAGCUAUUUUUGCACUUCUCAGCUGUUCUUGUAUGAUCUGUCAUCUUUGUCCUUGCAGUAGCCAAGCUCUAGAGACCGAAAUGCACUUCUGAAAGCUGAGAAGGCCGUUGUUUGGACUGUCUAGUCGACAGCAUUUGAAGAAAGUAAGGUUGUUGCAGUCCUUCAGUUGUUCAAUAGAUAGAUAGAUAGGGCUAAUCUUCACUAUAAAAAAAAAGAAAAUUA